AUGCCUCUGUACACAGUUUCGCACGCCGCGCCUCUAAGCCUGGACCAGAAAGAGGCACUCGCAGAAGCCAUCACCCAUCUUCACGCAGACAGAUUCAAGACUCCUCGCUGGUACAUAAACGUUAUCUUCACAGACGCUUCUGCCCAAACAGUCUUUGUCGGUGGUCGCCGGCGUCUCGUGAAUCACAUAACCGCCCGCGUCCGGAGCGGUCCUACUCGAAGCCGCGAGUCAUUCAAUGAGCUCUGCAGCGAGAUCAAUUCUGCCUGGCACCGCAUUGUACACCCCGAGCUCUCAGCCUCAGAACUCGCACCGAGGGAGCUCGAGCUGGCUGCCAUUUUCAUCACGAGCGAGCUCGUCGCGGGCAUGAAGGUUGGGUUCCCAGUUCCGGCUGCGGGAACUGAGAUUGCGUGGGCCAAGGACCAUUUUGAGUCUUUCAAGGAGAGGGCAGCGUUGGGUGACGAAGACUUUGUGGACUACGUCGAAGAGUUGGAAAAGAAGCCCGAGUUCAAUGAGGCGCUGAGAAGUGACUGA